UAUAAGGUUUCGUUAAUUAAUUCAAAAUGUUUGUGAUAUAAACAUGACAAGAUGCUUUGAAAACAUUAUUGUAACUUAGUGGCACUCUGUGGGGCUCUGCAUACAAUGAAACACAUGGGAGGGCUCAGAUAGGCACCCUAUCUACUGAUAUCUAGAGAUAGCAAAGACACAUUUUAGUUAUUGGGACGACAUCGAAAGAUAGAUAGCUUUUAACUGACUAUCGAGGAUAGCUAUCUAUCUUUACCUAUGGAUUGAAUAUUGGGAACGGCCGUAAGAUUGUCGUACAGUUGACAAACAAGCGGCCGUAUUAUUAUCCCUUUCCAACAGGCAAAAUAAAUUCUUUUUAAAUAAGGGCCCAAUCAAACAAUGUAAGAAAAACAACCCCAAUUAAUACUUUGCUCGACAUGGGUGAACCGGAAAUUCACAUACGAAAUUCUGCACUCCAUACAAACAAAACAAACAAAAAGGAAAAUCCAAAAAAUAAUAUCAGCAAAAAGUUUGUUAAAGAUCGAUCUGGAGGACCAAUUAAUAAAAAAUAAAACCCUUGACAAACUUGUUGACAAAUAACAAAUCAACCGUGACAUUUUCGACAAUAUACUCAUUGUUGAAUCGUAUAAUUUCUUGUAAACUUUAGAAAAAAAACAGCACCAUGAAAGUCCCUUACUUGGUUAAUAUGAAUAUCUACGAGGCUUAUGCCCCACUGCCUACUAUGACGAUGUCACCUGGAGAGGCUCCUCGGAAGAUCAGAGCUGAGGACUUUGAGUGGGAUACCGACACGACACCUGCUCCACUUACAUUUUACGCUGCUCUCGAACUAUCAAGAAUGUUCGACAAACUCAAUCCAUUGAAGAAAAUCCUUCAGAAAGACAUCGAUAUGCUGAUGGACUUAUAUCCUGCUAGCAUUAAAUUGAAAUACAGCGUCCCUAACAUCAAGGAUGAACAAUAUUGGAAACGAUCAUUUGAGACUAAAUUCCCUUCCAAGAGGGAGUUGGGAAAUAUUUUCUGGAAAGGCACUUACUUAUCCGCUUGUCUUCAAGACUAUUUGGAGUCUGUUAACCCUGACGUUUUUAGAGAAGAUGAAGCUGUAGAACUUGCUACACUGGUCAGUCCAUAUAUUUACUUCUUUGGAAUCAACCAGCUGCAAAUGGUGCGUCAACCAACACCUCCCCUACCUUCCGAUAUAGUUGAAGACACGUGCGAAUUUAGUGUUCCAAAAGUCUACGACCACAUCCCCAUGGAGCCAGUUUUAGCCAAACUUUAUAACCUCCAAGAAAUAUCAUUAGUGUUUGGUAUUAAUAAUCUAGAUGAUAGAUAUCUGACGAGAUAUUUCGAAUUUUCAUUGGCUGAUUGUGAUUCUAUUUGCCGUGGACUAGAAGACUUGAAACAUUUGAGAGUAUUUCGCAUCAACCGGAGUAACCUAGAUUGUUCUAAAGUAAAACUGAUUCUUCAAAGUCUUGUCAAAAAGGCAAGUAUUGAGGAAUUGGAUUUUAAUCAUUGUAAAAUUGGUGAUUAUGGUAUGAAAGCACUUGGUGGUUUUAUUUAUAUGCAUGAAAAUGUAAAAGUGGUGAGAAUAGCCAACAACAGAUUUAAAGAAGAAGGUAUCCAAGGAGUCGCUUAUGCUUUGCAGAUGAAACCAGCGGCUCCUAUCGAACUUUUAGACUUCAGCUUGAACCCGAUGUCUCUAGAAUGUGCGACUAUGUUCGCGGCAGCAUUUGUCAGGUGCAAGGAAAAACCGCAAACUUUGAUCGUUAACUCUUGUGGUUUUAGCGGAGCAUCCGCUGAAAAGAUGGCGGGUCUCCUCAGCUUGAAUCGUGGUCUCACUAGGCUGGAUAUAGCCGCCAAUGAUUUGUCAGGUGACGCCGAAGCAACUUUAAUUCGUGCUCUUGAAAGGAACAGGAAGAUCCUCAACUUGGACCUACGAAGAACUAAAAUUUCUGAUGAAUCACUUGCGAAGGUAGAGGAACUUUUGAAACGCAACAAGAAUCUUCUGGGACAAGAGUUGGAGCCUAGUGACGAAAUACCUCCUCUGUACCUCAAUGAACCAGAGUACCUUAUCUGGGAGUACAAUCCUAAUAAUCCAGAACACAUACCUGGAAGGUACCCGCCAAGAGUGCCAGAAGUAUAGGUUUUGAUUUAGAAAAUAGUAAAUAAUAGCUGGAAAAAGACGAUGAAGACAAACCAACAAUGAUAGCAUUUACUUUAUUUUUAUAAUCAUGGUUUGUUUUCUAUACAAACAUAUGUAGUGUGAAUUUUCACAUAAUUGAGAGUAGAUUGAAAUUAGAAAGCGAUGAUAACACUAUUGGUCAAUUUUUGUAAAUGUUUUUAUGUGGCUAGAAAUAGGUACAUGUCGUUGGUUAACAAAUAACAGCGUCUAUGUCAGGCUGUCAUGUUUAAAUACUUAGUAUGUCUCAUGCUUUCAACAUUAUCAAUUUAACAAAUAUUCAAAAUUUUGUAGACAAUAUUUUUUCUUAAAUUGGCGCUUAUUUUGCUUUACUAGAAACAACUUUAUCUUAAUACACUUGUUCAUCAACCAAAUAUCAUCCUUAACUUUGUUGCUAAAACAAAACUAUCUUGUCUUAACACCUAUUUUAUUAUUUAAACAUGUUUAAUUUUUGUAGUUUGGUAUAUCAGUAAUUACUUUAAUGAGAACUUGACCCUUUUUAACCUUGUUUGAACUAAAAAUCCCUGGCUUAUCGCUUCUUUGAUAAACUUUAUAUUCGUAGUACCUAAAAAUUCAUUUUAAAUACCUAAUUUAUUUAGCGAGAUAACUGUUUACUGAUUACACUUCAAGUUGGCCAUUUAUUUUGCAUUUGUUUGUUCUUUACA